AUGCUAUACAACACUUAUUCGCCGGUUUUGAUCAAUUCUUGCAACAUCACGGCUUUAGAUCCAUGGGACGAAUCGCUAAGGCCAUUUUUGAAAAAGCCGUUACGUCUUCCAUGUGAAGAAAAAUACGAGUUAUUUUACUUCCGCUCUGCCGGACAGCUGUAUAUGAACACGUCAGUUGCGGACAAACACGGUCUCGAACUUUCAACCCAGGAGUGUUGGUUUCAAGUCAUUCGGAGAAUGGAUGGGGACUUACUCUUAAAGAUGUUGCCACGGCAACAAUUGCAACUUCCGAUGGAGAUUCGCGGCCAUAUCUUCCGUGUCACGUGCAAUGAACGUGGGAACAAUAUUACACUAUAUGAUAUGGCACAUUUUAACCCUUUCUUCAACGAAUAUGCAAAACGCGACUCCAAAAUAGAAGCUGAAAGUGCCAGAAAGCCAAGCAUUAUUAUAUUUGGGUUAGAUUCAGUGUCAAGGUCACAUGCAAUUAGAAACUUACAAAAGUCAUACGCGUAUUUGCGUGAUAAACUCCAAAGUGAUGAUUUGGAAGGGUUCAGGAAGGUUGGUGAAAAUACAUUUCCUAACAUUGUCCCUCUGUUGACAGGAAAGAGUCAAUCGUGGUUCCCACACAUUUUUCACCUCCGUAUGCAUACAGACUCUAUGCCUCUCCUGUGGAACGAGUCACCAGCGGCAACUAUGGCGACAUUCUUUGCUGAGGACAGACCGGAUAUAUCUACCUUUAACUUUAUGAAAAGCGGAUUCAAGAAAAUUCCGACUGAUUUUUAUUUUCGUCCGUACACAUUGGCCAUGAAUAAAUUCGAACCGGUUUUCGGCAAAAAAUUAGGGAAACCUACGUUGGAUUGCUAUGGAAACAGAAACCAUUUCGAAAUUGAAAUUGAUUAUCUGAAAAGCUUUUUACAGAAAUACAACAAGAGACGCAAAUUCGCCUUCUUCUGGUCAAAUCAAGUCGGACACGAACAUUUUACAUCCGUGAGUAGAGGUGAUGAACCGUUUCUAGAUUUUCUAAGGUGGAUGGUGUCUGAAACGGAUAUGAGAAACACCAUAUUUAUAGCGCUCAGUGACCACGGCUUUCGUUUGGGUGGUGCCUCAUUGACACACAUCGGACGCGCUGAAAACAACAACCCUUGGUUAAUGAUUCACGUUCCAGAAAGUGUUACUAAAACAUAUCCCAAACUUCGGACUCAUCUUAAAGAAAAUUCGAAACACCUCGUUACGCAUUAUGACAUUCAUCAGACGGUUUUAGACGCGAUGCACGGGCGUGGUUUUGAGGACAAGACGUUAGUGCCAACACAACAAUAUGUCGUGCCACGGAACGUCUUUCAUCCUAUACCGGACGAUCGCACAUGCCUGGAUGCUGGAGUGGAUGAAAUAUUUUGCACGUGUGUAGAUACAGAACCAUUAGACGUCCACUCCCCUUUAGUGCAAUCACUAGCCAAUUUUAUUAUCAAGCAUAUAAAUAAGAUCAUCUACAAUCCAUCAAACAUUUGUUCAAGAAUCAUGCUUUUAAACAUAACCGAAGCGAAAGUUGAAUAUUCGAAGAAAGAUUUACAAAACUUGCAUAAUUAUGUAUUUAAAAAUAGUUCAGAAGAAUUCACACGGUCCUUAGACCAAGAUACGGGACGGUAUACAAUAUUUAUAAACACUUUCCCUGGAUCGGGAGUCUUUCAGGGAACGGUGGAUUUUAUGUCAAUUGGAAAAGCCGCAAGCCUGGACGACCAAAUGACUGUGGUUGGCGAACCAAUUCGUCUAAGCAGAUACGGUAAUCAAUCCCAUUGUGUUGACGAUGUGAAACUGAAAACCUUAUGUUACUGUACGGAUUUGUUAUAA